CAUGCGCAGAACCCUGCUGGUUGACUUGAAAGGCAGCUAUCAUUAAUGGUGGCUGUCGAGGCAAGGUGUAUAUGUACCGUAAUGAUUGUCUGACAACUGACGGAAGGUGUACUCCUUAUAUCCCAGCUUCAUGUAGUCCUACGGCACAGUAAUGGUUUCUGAUAAGGCCAGUUUAGUGGAACGAGUAUCAAUACUGGGAUGUGUGAUCUUCAUUGGACUCUUUGGAAUCGUUAAAUUUGUUUUAGGAUGGGUAUACAUGAACGAAUGCGCCGACAUGGUUCUCCUUCCGGUUUACCUGAUACUUGGAGGAGUAAUCUCCCUUGUUCCAUCUUUGUUGUCUUUUUACCGGCGUAUCAACCAUAAAGCUCGUUCCAAGAAGGUCGUGGACGACCUGUGGUGGAUCCUUGGUGCUGUCUUCUUCCUGACACUGGUGCAUAUAGUGGCUGGGUCCAUGUACAUCCUGGUGUCUGUUGUGCAAGCCAGAGUUAUCGGGCGUUUGUGCACCGCGCCCUGGCUACCUCCAUUUGGCGUCGCGGCCUUGUGUUUAGACUGGGUGUGUUUCGCUGUGUUCAUGUGUGUAUUCUGUGACGUGGAGUACAAGGCACCCCCACCAAGCACAGAACCGGCCCUACCCAAUUACUGGAGACACAGGCAUAGACUCAGGCGCUACUAAAACCCGCGAGUUAUCUCCCCUUUGGUGGGUUAUCUUGCCAGAUAUACGCGUGAAGCUACAGAAUGAUGCUACACUCAACGAUGGAAUUUUACAAUUCUGAAUAUAGACCGACUUAACAAGCACAGCACAAAGACACAGAAAUUAUUGUCUUGCACUAUUAAGUUGGGGUAAAUAUUACAUCAGAUUAUUGCGACUUUCUAGCCAUUGUUACCUUAAAGUGAGUCAUAAACAUUUCACGUUUGCUAUACUCUAUACUAUAUGUACACUGGUGAGUGUGUCGUUCAUGUUGUUCACGUUCUUUAUCUUUAUCACCAGUAUGUCCAUGUAAAGAGGGAAAUCGAACCUAAUUUAAACUUGCUUGACGAACGGCAAACCAUUCCUAAGUAUGGGUUAAUGUAUCCAACAGACCCAUCAUAAAUUACAGGUUGCCGGGAUAUCUACACAUCACAGAUAAAAAAAAAAGUUUAACUAAUUUGUUAAGUGGUUGCAAAUUCAUAUGACGAGAUUUGUAAUUCUUUCCUUUGAUGGAUAUUGUGCAAGGGUCAAACAGCGAGGAAUGGUUAAGAUCCACGUGUGGAUGAAGCGACAAAUGCCUCUAGGGAUGCUGUUUUUGCACUGUGGUCAUGACUUGGAUGAUAUACACCUCCACGUAGACUCUACUGCUAUCCUGGUUUGUGUAGAUAUACGUGUAGGGCAAACGCCUUUCCUAUAUUCGUACGAUCUAAUUUGUAAACUUCACAUUUGGAUCGGAGAUGAGCAUAAUUACUUUUCUGUUAUUAAGUUUUAUAUGAACUUCACUUUGAGAUAAUGAAAUAAAUUUAAAUCAGAAUAUGAAAUGUAUUGGCUGCAGCAGGUAGAACUGGAGUAAGACGGUUGGGUAUGUUCCUACUAUGUGAGCACAUUCUUGGGCAGAAAAUUAUAAAAACAAAACAGCAGAUAUCUCAUAUUCAAAUCUUUAUAACAAACUGUUUACAUAUCAUUAUAGCGUAAGCCUUUUUGGCAUUAAGUUCUAGUCGGACUUUGGAGCUCUCACAUGGGAUUGAAGCAAUGAAAUGCCCUACUAAAAUAGAUAACAUACGUGUAGUACUUGCAUACCUAGGUCGCUAGUGGCUAGUGUCUCAUUCCACAAAGCAAUGUUAGCGCUACGACUUUUGUAAGUCUAAGAUUCUUAAAAUAUAGGAGUUACGACCGUCUUAAUGUAGAAUGAGACCCAGGUGGUCGACAACAGAUGAAAGUGAAUGACGUAUUUUAAAGGAAGCCAUCGAGCGACUCCCAAAGUAACACGUGACCUACAUACGUCACAAUGGAAUAGCCUUUAUUCACAAGACACUAACGCCAUGGCAACCAGUUACCCGAGUGCGAAAUCGGCACCCCCGGAAGCGCUCGUUAAAUCUCUAACAUCAUCGUCAUCAUCAUCAUCAACUAUUUACGAUAUAUACUACUCAAAAGAAGUUAAAGAACAUGCGAUUCACCAAUAUUCCUUUAGGUUAUCUGUCAAGGCAUGAAAAAAACGCAAAAUAUAGCACAAUAAUGUAAGCCUCAUUCUGAGGAAAAAGCCGCACUUAGAAUGUACGUUCGAUGGCUACCUUUGAUGUGUAUUGUACUACACGGUUUUGACUUUCAGGGCACGUAAGCGUGUUAUAUCCCACUUGAAGUUUAAUUUUCGUAUUUUUGUAUGGUUUAAGUUAGAAAAAGAAUCGUAGACAGCUAAUGUGUAGACCAUGUGUGCACUUGUCUUUUGGUAUAUAUGUUUUACAUAGAUAUAUGUUUUACAUAGAUGCUUAGACUGCAUGUGUGUGACUAUUUAAUAUUUAGAUAUGACGUGUUUUAAAUGGCAGUUUUACACGGGUACGUUACCAUAAAACGAUUUUUAUGUAUUUAGUCAUCAUUAAUAUAGCAAGCUACAUGUAGUUGUUAUAUCUAAAAGGUGACUCUAUUCAAACCGUAGCUAUAGCUGGUUGCUUUCAUUGUUAGGUCGGGUGAAAAUGAUAUUCAAACAAUUUUAUAUGGUUACCCGAAUUUCUAAAUAUAUUAUUUUCAAAUUGCCAUAAAUUGUCCAUGUAGCAUGAAAACGAGCGUCCCUGUCAUUUUCUCAGUCAAACCAUCCCUAUCAUGAUCAGUUUAUCAACAGACAUAAUCCACGUCCAAUAGUUGCCCGGUGCAGAACAUUGCAUAUUUUAACGUAGUUUAAUUAUACGUGAGUGCCAUAUUAAAUGUCUAUACAAAUGUGUGUUAUAUGUAUAUAUUCCAUGUAAAGAAGCGAAUUGUGAUACGUGUUCAUGGACACUGAGAUUGCUCUCAAAGAGACAUAUACAUUCAUGUUAUCAUUUACAUUGUUGUAAAUAAAUAUAUCAGAAAAGCAAA